CGGUCGGUCGAUUGUGUAUAUCUGUGUGUUUUUUUAGUGCUUGUUUCAUUGGUAUUGUGUAUUUUAUCCAUUCAAUUUAAUAUUAAAUUCUGGAACUAAAAAUCAUCGAUAAAUUCUUUCUUUUUUAUUCAAAAAAAAAAAAAUUUAUUAUGUUCAUUCUCAGCUACAAUUUCUAGUCGACUUUUUUUUGAAUUUCAUCAUUCAUUUUUUUACAAUUUUGUCUUUGUUAAUUACAAUCAUUGAAGAUCGUCGAUCUUUUGAUUGAAAAGAAGAAAAAGAAACAGGAGAAAAACCGGGUUCAUCGAACUUUUUUUUUCUAAUUCGCCAAUUUACCCCUUUAUUGGUCAUCGUUUUUUCUAGUAGUCUUCACGAUUUCAAAUUUCAUCAAUCAUGUUUCGUAUGAUGUUAACAAUGUUAAAUACAUUCCUAUUACCAUUGGCAAUAAUGGUCAUUAUUGUCGAUGCUAAUACUAAUAACAGCAACAACAACAACAUUCCACAUCAAAAUACAUCGGUAAAAUUGGCAAUACAACCACAAUCUUCAUCAUCAUCAUCAUCAUCGUCAUCGAUUCCGUUACAAACAUCGGCAUCAACACAAUCGAAUACGAUUAUCAAUAAUAAACCACAACAACAUCAGCAACAACAACCAACGUUAUUGACCCUUGAACAGCAACAAGAUUUACUUGAACAGCUUGCACAAUUACAAAGACAAACACAACAAUUAUUGGCAGCACAACAAUCAUUGGCUGCUGUUGCAGCUGCUGCUGCUGUCAAUAAUGGUGGUGAUGCUCAUAAUAACCAUCCAAUACCAGGUGUAAAUAAUAUUCCAACAUCCGGUUCGGCAAAUGUUGGACAUUUACAUCAUCAUCAUCAUCAACAACAACAACAGCAACAGCCAGUUAUUGCUCAACAAUUUGGCCGGCAACAUCAAUCGAUCGGUGGUAAUGGUGGUGGUCCAAAUAUCCGUUCAUCAUCAUCGCCACCGCAACAAUCACCAAACAUUGGUGUUAAUAAUAAACCGAUUCAUUUGCAAAAUACAAAUGUUAAUGGCGGAUUAGAUGGCAAUCAUGGCGGUACUGGUGGUGUCAGUGGCAAUAAUGUUCAAACAUCUACAAUGAAUAGUCUGCCACAAUCACCACAAAUUAAUUGGGGCAAAUGUCCCGAAUUAGAACCAAGUGAACAAGAAAAAUUAGCCAAAGCUAAUGUGAUAACGAAAUGUUUGGAAACCACAGCAUUACCGGCGAAUAUAACACGUGAAUCGGUUGAACAACAUCGUGAACAGAUUGCUGCUUGUGCAUUACGAUCCGAGGGUUGGUUCACACAAGAAGGUGGAUAUGAUUUUGGCAAAGCAGAAAAAGAAAUUAAAAAUAAACGUCUACAAGAAGAUUUAGAAAGUCAAGUUUUGAAUUAUCAUAGCCAAUGUCGUGUGGAAUCAGAAGAUAAAUAUCCAUCGUCCACGAAUUCAUCGAUUAUUGCUCAGAUACAACUAUACCAAGCUUGUAUGGAUUAUUUUAUAUCCGAUGUAUGUGGCAUUGAAGUGAAUGAUACGGAUGUGCCACAAUUUUAAAACAACAGACAAACAAACAAACAAACAAACAAAAUCAAAUUAUAUGCUACUCAUUAUUAAUGCACACACUUACAUAUACAAGGGAUUUUCAAUUUUCAAAUUGAUCACAUCACACAUCACACAUUAUAUUAAUUCACACACACAUAAAUCUUUUUCUUC